UUUUUUUUUUAAAUAUAAAUAAUAAUAAAAAGGGACUUAGGAAACACCAGUCUUGAACUUCACUUCAAGAACCCGGGCUGCAAAGGAAAUCUCCUUUGUUUUGUUAUUUAUAUGCUGUCAAGUUUUGAAGUGGUGAGUUUCAGGUCGGUUUUGCUAAUUUCACUCAGUAAAACUGCAGCUUUGCUGUUGCUAGAUAGUUUGUUUCUUUGUCUCUUUAAAAGGUCACAGCGAAAGCUUGGCCUGGAUCGGGCCGGCCAUAUGGAAUGGAUAAGGGCACGGGUUCUUAAAAUGUGCUUCUGGGGUUAUGCCGGGAUGAAGACGACCCUACGAGGAACUCUUUGAAAAGAGAUCCCACGAUGCAAAAACAGGACAAUAUAUGUACUUUUUUGAAAUCAGAAUUUCGUGAUUUUAUUUCCUGCAUUUUAAAGGAAAUAAUUCCUGAGAUGGAGUUCAUCAGCUUGUUCAGGAAGGAUCCUCUGUGGUCUUAGCUUAUGGACAGGGAAAUGGGACUUGCGGAAAGUAGCCUCUUUCUGUGUGCCAUCUAUACAUUGCUCGAAAAUGGUUUUUAAAAUGUGUAACUCAAACUCUUGAGAUGGGCUUUGGUUGCGAGCACAGUUAGUCCCAGCUGCUGUCAGUCCAGGCAGGCCUGUUGGCAGUGGCUGGAUUCAUCUCCAGCCUCAGGUUUGACGAACUUUCGCCUUGGCAUAGAGUUUAAAGGAGUAUUAAAUUGGGUGUUUUAUGUGCAUGUAAUUUUGCUUUAUAAUGCAAACCUUUUAAAGAAUUGACUUAGUGUCUAAUAGAUGCUUUAGGUGUCUCUUCAAAAAACAGUUUUAUGACCUAUGUGAUGUUUUGGCUGUCAGGACUUUAAAUUGCUGUCCGUUCAGCUGGUGCUGCUCACCUCGUGAUCACCUAAUGCGCUCUCUAUUAACUUUGAUGCUGUUGUGAAUUCCCCUCCCACUUUUUUUCUCACAAAUUUCCACAAGGGUUAAAUUUUUUUCUGCUCAACUCAUAGUUUUAAAAUUCGUCUUCUGCUUUAGGGUAAGGCAAUCAGUUUUAGGGAAAUCAGCCUUGCAGUAUGGUCCAGAUAAACAUAAAGAGCGUUUUGAAGAACUUAAUAAUCAUCAUUCUAAUUUUGGCUUUAGACUGCUGUUGAAGAGAACAGAAGCGUGAGCUUGCUAAAAACUGGUUCCAAAGGAUGCGUUUGUUGUUAACGAAUCUCAUAGCCAAAAGCAGAGGGGACCUCCGUCAAGGGGGUGAACCUUUAGCGCUUAGGGUGCCACCCUGGAGGACAAAGAUAAAUAACUGUUAUUGUGUCUCAAACUUUGUAGAUCUUGGUUUGUCAUUCUUAGGGUUGCUUAAAGCCCCCGAUCACAUGCCUGUCGCCAUUUCUUGGUUCUAUAGGAUGAAGUAGGGUAAACCUAAUAGGAGAAAACUAUUUAUCAAAAAGUCAUGCUAAUACAAACUAUCUCUCAGCUGAUCCAGGUCUAAAUACUUUUGAGUAUAAUAAUUAUUUUUUAAAGUAUAUAAGAUGUUUCAAAAUACUAGACAGCUGGAAAAAAUGCUGUCAGAUUCUCCCUGGCUUUCCUAAAUAUCCCUAGUACUUCUAGGCUAAUGAAAAUUCAUAACAUAAUUCUGCUUACCUGUUCUGUUUAACCACCUCUAUUUAAAAAUAUAAUUUAGAAGUAACUUUGGUAUAUUGUACCAGUUGCAUUAUUAUAAACAGUAUUCAAAAUUGAAGUCCAAUACUCACUAAAACUAAAAAUUGACAUUUUUUGAAAUUAUGAUGGUACUAACUUCCUUGCAUACUGAUUAUUUUUUAAUACUGGAGAUUGUAUUUGGUCAAUAUUGUUAGGGUUAUUUUUUAAAGCGAGCUUCACACAUCCACUUUUUGUGUGUAUCACAAAAUAUUUUCAGGGUUUUUGCUAUUUAAUUUAACAGCACCCUGUUAGUGAUGGACACCUAAAUAUUAACUUCAGAAGACAAGUUGUCCUGGUAAAAGACAAGGGACAUUUGACGGAGCACCCUGCUCCUCCCAGUGUGCUCAGGGGUGAAAUGAUCCGGUCAUGUGUCUGUCCAGUGGCUUGAGAGCUUUGACAGCACGGAACUCUUGAAACUUAGGGAGCAGCAAACUUCUCGUUGCUUUAGCUCAUGAAGCAAGUGGCAUUGGUUUUUGCGGUGUUCUGCUGAGGUUCUCGUUUGUAGCAUGGAUGGCAAUGCAUGUUAGAGUGUAAGCCCCUAGGAAGCUUGGUGCUUCACGCUGUAAUCUUUCCAUCCUCCAUUAGAAGUAUUAUAGUCAUAGCCUGCCAUGAAUUUUUAAUUUUUUAAAAAUUGAGAGUACAUGAGUAUAAUUUGUUAUUUUCUUUUUACCUUAUGGUAUUCCUGUUCUGAAAGUAAGCCCAUUUUUCUCAUAGUUUUAGCUGAGGAAUUACUGUUUUAUUCACGUACAUUGGUACAGAUUCCACAAUAUUCUGUUAAUGUAGAUAGAAGCACAACUUUGUAGAUCAUUACGUAGUUGCACACAUGUGCUCAUGUAGGGAAAUGUCUAGGGAUGAGCCAUGUAUGGGGCAGGCAUAGCUACAGCCCUCCACCCACUGAUAAUGUCUCCUUUUCCAGUUCUGCCAGGUGAUCUGUACGACAGUGACUGAGUAUGGAUCAUUUGAACGAGGCAACUCAGGGGAAAGAGCAUUCAGAAAUGUCUAACAAUGUGAGCGAUCCGAAAGGUCCACCAGCCAAGAUUGCCCGCCUGGAGCAGAACGGGAGCCCACUAGGAAGAGGAAGGCUUGGGAGCACAGGUGCAAAGAUGCAGGGAGUGCCUUUGAAACACUCGGGCCAUCUGAUGAAAACCAACCUUAGAAAAGGAACCAUGCUCCCAGUUUUCUGUGUGGUGGAACAUUAUGAAAACGCCAUUGAGUAUGAUUGCAAGGAGGAGCACGCGGAGUUUGUGUUGGUGAGAAAGGAUAUGCUUUUCAACCAGCUGAUAGAGAUGGCGUUGCUGUCUCUAGGCUAUUCGCACAGCUCUGCUGCCCAGGCCAAAGGGCUCAUCCAAGUUGGGAAGUGGAACCCAGUUCCACUGUCAUAUGUGACAGAUGCCCCUGACGCUACGGUAGCGGAUAUGCUUCAAGAUGUGUAUCAUGUGGUCACACUCAAAAUCCAGUUACACAGUUGCCCCAAACUAGAAGACUUGCCUCCCGAACAAUGGUCGCACACCACAGUAAGGAAUGCUCUGAAGGACUUACUGAAAGAUAUGAAUCAGAGUUCGUUGGCCAAGGAGUGCCCUCUUUCACAGAGUAUGAUCUCCUCCAUUGUGAACAGCACGUACUAUGCAAAUGUCUCGGCAGCAAAAUGUCAAGAAUUUGGAAGGUGGUACAAACAUUUCAAGAAGACAAAGGAUAUGAUGGUUGAAAUGGAUAGUCUGUCUGAACUGUCCCAGCAAGGCACCAACCAUGUCAACUUUGGCCAGCAGCCAGUCCCAGGGAACACAGCUGAGCAGCCGCCAUCUCCUGCACAGCUCUCCCAUGGCAGCCAGCCCUCUGUCCGGACCCCUCUUCCGAACCUGCACCCUGGGCUUGUGUCAACACCUAUCAGUCCUCAGCUGGUCAACCAACAGCUGGUGAUGGCCCAGCUGCUUAACCAGCAGUAUGCCGUGAACAGACUCCUAGCCCAGCAGUCCUUAAACCAGCAGUACUUGAACCACCCUCCCCCUGUCAGUAGGUCCAUGAAUAAGCCUUUGGAGCAGCAGGUUUCAACGAACACGGAGGUCUCUUCAGAAAUCUACCAGUGGGUGCGGGACGAGCUGAAACGAGCGGGAAUCUCCCAGGCAGUGUUUGCACGCGUGGCUUUUAACAGAACUCAGGGAUUGCUUUCUGAAAUCCUCCGAAAGGAAGAGGACCCCAAGACUGCAUCCCAGUCUCUGCUGGUAAACCUUCGGGCUAUGCAGAAUUUCUUACAGUUGCCAGAAGCCGAAAGAGACCGGAUAUACCAGGAUGAGAGGGAACGGAGCUUGAACGCUGCCUCGGCCAUGGGUCCUGCCCCACUGCUGAGCACUCCGCCCAGCCGUCCCCCCCAGGUGAAAACAGCAACUCUUGCCACUGAGAGGAAUGGGAAACCAGAGAACAAUACUAUGAACAUCAAUGCCUCCAUUUAUGACGAGAUUCAGCAGGAAAUGAAGCGUGCUAAAGUGUCCCAAGCACUCUUUGCAAAGGUUGCUGCCACAAAAAGCCAGGGAUGGUUGUGUGAGCUCUUACGCUGGAAAGAAGAUCCUUCUCCAGAAAACAGGACCCUGUGGGAGAACCUGUCUAUGAUCCGAAGGUUCCUUAGUCUCCCUCAAUCUGAGCGAGAUGCCAUCUAUGAGCAGGAGAGCAAUGCUGUGCAUCACCAUGGCGACAGGCCGCCCCACAUCAUCCAUGUUCCAGCAGAACAGAUUCAGCAGCAGCAGCAACAGCAGCAGCAACAGCAGCAGCCGCCACCUCCUCCUCCUCAACCGCAGCCCCAGCCCCAGGCAGGCCCGAGGCUGCCUCCACGGCAGCCCACGGUGGCUUCGUCUGCAGAGUCCGAUGAGGAAAACCGGCAGAAGACCAGGCCACGAACCAAAAUUUCCGUGGAAGCCCUGGGGAUCCUUCAGAGCUUCAUCCAGGACGUGGGCCUGUACCCGGAUGAAGAGGCCAUCCAGACUCUGUCUGCGCAGCUCGACCUGCCCAAGUACACCAUCAUCAAGUUCUUUCAGAACCAGCGGUACUAUCUCAAGCACCAUGGCAAGCUGAAGGACAACUCCGGCCUGGAGGUGGAUGUGGCAGAAUACAAAGAGGAGGAGCUGCUGAAGGAUUUGGAAGAGAGCAUCCAGGAUAAAAACGCCAACACCCUCUUCUCCGUGAAGCUGGAGGCAGAGCUGUCCGUGGAAGGGAGCACAGACAUUGAUGCCGACUUGAAAGACUGAGAAUUUUGGUUUCAGCUGUACCACUGGUAUUUACUAACAAAAUGAAAAGUCCAUCUUGUGUUCACUCAGAAAGCGUUCAUUGUUUAUUGUUUGCCGAUGAAUCUUCAGAAACUUGCACAAACAGGAAGUUGGAAGGACAUGACAGCACGAAAGGUUCUACUGUUUUCCCGGACUGCGUGGCAGCCCCAGUGAAGCGUCAGGGUUGUCUGAUGGCAGAAUUUGUGUUCAAGGGUUGCACUGUGGUGUGUGUGCGCCCUGUCAGCAUGAUACCAGAGAUUGGUUUUCCUUUUAAUUAAUAUUAUUCUGGAGCCUCAAAUAAGCAUUAUAACUUCUGUGAUUAUGAUUGCCUUUCCUUUAAUUAUUUCUGUAACACUCCACACUAGUCUUUGGAAACUGGCCCCUUAUUUUAAAGAGAAAAGGAAAAAAAGUUUGUUACUCGAUUGUAUGUUUAAGAAAAAGAACUAUAGACUGUGGACUGCAGUUUAAAGAUGACAUAUGCCAACAAAUGCCUUGUAUUAUAUGGCACUGCCGUAAUUAAAAUUUGUUUUUUUUAUUUUGGAAAUAAAGGUUCACUGUAAUUUUUUUCAUUCUCAUUGUUACAUGAUUCAUUGUUACAUGAUUUUUUUUUUAAGGAAAAGAAAAUGUGAAACACAAUUUAGUCCUCGUUAUUUAUUUGUAGAUCCUGCAGCAUCAUGUUGCAAUUAAGUUUCUGGAAGUUUCUGUUAAAUGUAAUGUUGCUUCUCUUGUUACCAUACUGUUUUCCUUUCUAUUUAUAACUGUAUUUUGAUGGGCAGUAAAACAAAGUGUCUUAAAAGUUUAAAUAGAGAAAAUGUGCUUUACACAGUUGCCUAUAAAAGUCUGUUAUCCGAGCAAUUCACUCUAGAAGCUUCACUCUGUGUCAUAUGCAAUUUUUACUAUCAUGCAAAUAAGCUUAGGUAAAUAAAACUAAUAGAUCACCUUAGAAAAUUAUGCAAUUAAUGUGAAAAUAAUUGAUGUUUGCAAUGUGUCUUCCUUUGGUUUACAAUCAAUUUUAAAGCGACAUCUGUAUAAAAUUUCUGUAUAAAGGUGUAUUUCUUUUUUAUGAGUUUAUGACUAUGAAAACACCAGCUAUUUUGUUACAGCUGCUGUUUUAUAAGUGUAUCACAGUUUUCUUUAUGCAGAAAUGUGCUUAUUAGGAGUGGCUGUUGACUGUAACUACACGAUUAAAAUUGUUUGUAUGGUAUGCAA